UGUAGAUUGAAGCUUUUUAAUUUUUAAAGGAUUUUUUAACAUAUAAAACUCACUUCCUAUUUGUUUACAUCAUUAUGAUUCUAUAAUUUUGAUCUGGUCGGAAAGAACUUCAUCAGAACCAAAUAAAAGCCAAGCAUUAAGUUUACAACAUUUACAGCUAAUUUUCUCAUAAUGGAGUUGCCGGAAUUAGGAAAACACUGCAAUGAGCCUUCUUGCAAACAACUCGGUAAGUAAGAGUAGAAAGACAAUAAAUGAUUUAAAUUUCAUUCAUUGAUUAUAAUUUAUAUAUUAAAUGCAAAGAGUCAGUUCAAUAAGUUCAAUAAGUAUAAUAAUUAAUAAUAUUAGGCACUUGAUAGAGCAAAUGGGAAUACUUCAAACUUUGGGAAAUAGGGUAGACACAGAAGUAUCAGAGGUUUUAUUUUUCGAGGCUUUUUUCAUAAUAAAAGGUUUAGGCUUGUGGUAAAUGUUUAAAUGGUGAGUGUGGAUGCCACUAUUUACUCAAUGGCCGCCAUCUUGGUUGACAUGACUUAAAAUUAAUAGCAUUUUGGAAAAUCUAUCCCUGUGCCUAACCUGAACCCUAAAUCGAUCCUUAUGCCUAACCGGAACCAUAAAUCGAUGCCUAAAAAUUAACAAAGAAAAGUGACUCCCACACUUAAACACCAAAAAAGACGGCGUGGCAUCCAUAACUACCAAUAGCCGAUUAUAGUAUAGAAGAAUACUUUAUCGAGAUAUUCGUCCGGCGACCAAGUCACAUGACCGCUGUAACAAAGUUAUGUGAAAUAUUUGUCCGUCAGCCUUGUCACGUGACCACAAAUGAUUAAAAACUAUUGUUAAUUUUAAAAUCUAUUUCUCUACCAAGUAAUUUACUGAUUAUCUUUCAAACAAAUAAACAAAACGCCUACCAGUCGUCCGGCGGUCAUGUGACAUGCCCAAUGGAUGUUAUCUCCCGUGUAGACACUUAGUAGUGUCUAUUUUGUCUCAAAAUUGUGGUAUCCAUCUUAGAUACAAUUUCAUCUAACAAUAACAUGCAGAAGCAGCUAUUAUUCCUAGGGGUCAACUCGCCUCACCCAUUCAAAUAGUUUUUUGUAAUAUUUAAAUAUUACAACUUGUUUAAUUCACCCUUCAUUUAUUUUUCAAGUCACAAGUGAUAUGAAAAUCAAGGAUUUCAGAUUAUUACUUACAAAAGAUUGAAACAUUAACUUUUAUAUUAAGAAAUGAAAUUUAAAAAAUUCUUUAUAGUCUGGUUAAAGUCAUUGUUCUGUUUUCUACAGAUUUUCUUCCAAUGAAAUGUGAUGCCUGUUCCCAGAUAUUUUGGUAUGUCAAUUGUUUAGAUGUAGAAGAUUUGAAUUGCUAUUAUUUUUUUAUCAGUUAAUUUUGAAACUUAAGAAUAAAUUAAUUGAUUGAUUAAAUGUGUCCAGAAAAAAACACCAAGAAAGUUCACAAAUGUUUUGAAAAUUUAUUGAAAUUGGUGGUGGUUGUGAGGGGUGGGGGGUGGUUAUGCAAUGAGAAAGGUUUAUUUGCUUCUAAUUAAACAUCAUCCAAUUAUUGCAGUCGUGAUCAUAUAGUGUAUGCCAAUCACAGAUGUCCUGACUCAUACAAAAAGGUAUGUGCGAAUUAUUCGAAAUGUUCAAUCCUUGUAAGAAUUUUUAACCGCCCUAAAAAUAAUGAUUAAACCUGAAUUAAUUUUCUUCUAUAUGUGUAUUCACCUUGUAUUUAAAUUUUAUGUACCAUAAUGUUUUCUUUACUCUAGCAAAAAUAAUUAUUGAUUAUACGUUUUUCCUGAUCUCAGGAUAAUCAGAUUCCUGUUUGUCCACUAUGCAACCUUCCUUGUCCUGUAAAGAAAGGAGAGCUUCCUGAUAUUGUGGUUGGGCGCCACAUUGAAUCUGAUUGUCAGUCAGAUCCAGCUAAGGAAAGAAGAAAGGUAAGCAAACCCUGUUUUUAUUUCACAUCAGGUCAGAGGGUCAAACUGUAACCUUUUUAUUUUCAAUAGAUUGUCAGUUAUAAUUUUUAUAAAAUCUUAUAUGAUGGUUUAAAAGAUAUAUUGUAUUCUUUAGGUUUACACCAACAAAUGCUCAAAGAAAGGCUGCAAGAAAAAAGAGGUAGGAAAUAAUAUUUACUUUUUAAACAUUUGGUUAAUUAUUUUGAAGUAUAUUUGGUUAAAACGGGGCAGAAAUUUCAAUUUCCUCUCAUGAACUUAAAAAAAAAUUUUGCAGAAGACAUUGGGAUGCCCUAGAUCUAAAUAAAUUUGAAGGAAAAAAAAUGUCCAAAAAGGCCCCCACCCCCCCAAAAAAAAAAAAAAACAACAACAAAAAAACCUCUAAAAAAUGGGACUUGUUCAUUUAGAGAGUUAAUGUGUUAUAUGCUAUUGUGAAUUCAGUUGUAGGGACAUGUAUCCAUGGAAGUUCAUCUCUUGCAGCCAGGCAUAAAUGAUUUUUUUAAAAAGUGCUAUGAGUCACAUUAUGUUCUGCUUCCAGGUCCUCAUCAUUUAAGUUCUAGUUUUCCUCUGCAGUAAAUGAGAUUAUUUUCUCCUUUCUUUUAUUUUCACCCACCUCAUUUCCGAGAAGAGUAACUUUGUGGAGAUAAUAAAUGAAGGACUGCGUUCAAGCUGUGUGAAUGAAAUAGUAGAACUGGGUAUAUAGAAGCUUGCAUCAAAAGCAACCACUCUCCUACUAAUGUUUCUCAGUUUCCCUGUAUUUCUUAUUUCUUAUGAUUAAUGUAUCUCUAAAAAUUAUGGUCUGUUAAGAUUCUGGACAUUAUUUUUCACAGUACCAAGUACCAAUAUAUAUAUUCUUUCACUUCCAUUAAUCUUGGUUUUGAAAAAUUCUACUUCUGACACCAAUACAGUAGAUCUCUAAAGUUAUUUUUACUGUGCUCUGUUUCUUGUCGCAUUUUCUUUUGCCGUGUCUACUGAAGAAGGCUCUAAGUCGAAAUGUUCACAUCUUAUUGUCCUGUCAUUUGAUUCAAGCUUCUACAUACCUAGUUCUACUAUUUCAUUCAACUUUGUGGAGCUAUGUGAAUUAAUUUUGUACAAUUUAAAAAUAAAACCUUUUUUUUUUUUACACUACAUGUUUUCAGCUUGUACCUGUAAAAUGUGAAACUUGUCACCUCAACUAUUGUCUACGCCAUAGACACGAACAGGACCACAACUGUCAAGGGUUUCAGAACACAGGAAUGUCUGUUAGCAAUCCUGGGUAUGUAUCUUAGUUAUUUUUUGGGCUACACUACAUAAAUUAUUCUUUUUCUUACAAAAAUUUGCUUAUCUGAAACAUUUUUUCUAAUUUUUUUUCCUUCUUCUUUUCUUUCAAUCUUUUGAUUUCAACUUUCUCUGCUUAAAAUUGUGUCUGUGAUGCUCAUACAUUAGGUUAACAAAAUUAAAGUUAUGUUUUUGCUUUAGAAAUGUUUAAAGUUACAUUUUAGAGGUUUGCUUCUCUCAAAGUUGCUUUAAAUUAUUUAAUUAUAAAAAAUUAAAAAAUAUUUUGCAAUAUUUUUUUUUAAUUUUCAGUUCUAGUGAUGAGAAAUUAUAUGUCUAAAUUUUCUCUUUCAUUACUCAGAAAUUCUUCUCCCUUACACAGCGAUUUAUAAAAGGUUUAAGGUUUUGUCUUGACACUUGCUAGUGGCAUUCUGCUAAAUUUUUACAGAAAUGGACUUGCUGAUAGGCAUUGUUCUGACUUUUCUAAAAAUUUAAGAUUCAUAUUAAUCAUAUAUUCCUUUUAGAGCUGCUGCCAUACUCAGGUCACAACAAUCUUCAAGGUCGCCACCUAAAAGUACAGCAGCCUCUAAACCUCAGGCAGGGAGCAGCAAUAGGAAUUUUAAGUAUGUGCAUAAAUACUUUUUUUUAGUCGUCUCCCCCCCCCCCACCAAAGUGCCCCAUAGACUCAAAGAGUUAUUCCCAUUUAAUACUUUUCAUCUUUUAUUAAUGUCUGUUAAGGUAAAAUGCUAAAUAUGAUUCAUAAAAAGUCACUGAGCUCAUUAACUUUCAUUCAUAAGAACCUAGAUAGAGUAAAUGUGCACUGGUUUAAGAUGACAGUUCUGGUAAGGGCUUUGUUUUAUUGGCACUAGUAGUUGUGGGAUGAUGUGAGUAUAGGUUACCCACACACACAUGGCAGGAAAAAUACACAGAAACUAAGUUCUCAUCAACUUUUAUAAUGAAAAGAAUGGAGUUAUCAAAACUUUUUAAACUAGAUUUUUAAAAUAAAAAAAAAAAUUCCUUAAUGUUAAAUUCCACUGAUCUUUAUCUAAGUAGGUUUAGUUUGCAUUUCACCUAAAAAUAUAGUUUUAGAUAACAAUUCCUUUAUAACUAUUCUUUGGUCUUUUUUUGCAGCAAUCCAAGGGUUGGAAAUCAGGCCAGUGUCUCUUCAGUUCAAGGUACCAUGGUAAGUUAACUUUACAUCUUUGAGUUCUCUAUAUUCUAUAGAAAAUUGAAAGGAGUUCUUAGCAGUCAUUAAUUAUUUAGUAAAAAUUAUGUAUAAAAAUUUAAAAAAAAAUGUAUACUAAAUUAAUUAUUAGUAAGGCUUGAGUCAUAUAGUCUCAUCACCCAAAAUGUCAAUUGUUUUAGCAUGAUUAACAACAUACACCCAUAGCAAUACAUACCAGAGUUAUUUGAAAUGGUGAUACAAGACUUUAAUUUUGAUCCAUUGAUUCAAAUUAAACACCCUUUACGUUAAUGGAUUGGUAAGAUCUAAUCCACAAAACUAAACCAUUUAUGAUAAAAUAAUCUCCCAUCCCAUUGCAGAGUGAGGACGAGGCGCUGGCUCGUGCAAUACAAAUGUCUAUGAAUGGAAGUGCCACAGGAAGCUCAACUUUAACCGAUGGGUCAGUCAAAUGAAACUUAAAAUUAAAUCUACUGACCCUUAUAUUCACUGUGUGUCUGUUAUGAGGUUUUCCUAUUAAUUAAACCUUGGGUAGAACCUGUGACUAUUUAGUUCAUCAAUGAUAAUAAACAUGUUGCGAAUCAGAUAGUCACGAACAAGUGUUGAAAAAUAAUUUUGGAAAAUAACCUGUACGUGUUUAUUUCAUUCUAUGAAGAUUAUGGUUAGUCAAAUUAAAAGUUAUUUUGUUAUUUAUUUCUGUAUCUAAAUUCUGAUGGUUUGAAAUGUUAAAUUAAUUUUUUUUUUUUUUUUGCAAAAUUUGUUUGCAUGACAUCAUCACAUGAACAGUUUGUCAUACAUUUUUCUGUUUUGUUGUUUUAGUAUGACGGAUCAGGAGAGGGAGGACUUUCUCCUGGCCCAGGCGCUGGCUGCCAGCGAGCAGGAGGCAGUGUCAAGGCAGCGCUCACAGCAAAUUGUGAGGGCCUAGAUGCAUGUUUGUUGUACCAUGAAAUAAUAGUUUCGUUGAUUACUAUGAGGAGGUGAGUUAGUGAUGAGAGGAGGAGGCAAGCUGAUCUUGAGAAAUCCAAGGGUUUAGGUAGGGGAGGGGGGUAGGGCUGUGCAACAAAAGAGACAGCUUGAAAAAGGCUGUGAUGAAACCAAUUUAUAUAAUAAACUCAACUUCAGUCCAAAUUAUCAUUUCAGAUCAUAUUCAUUAAAUUUGACGUUAUUUAUAUUGCGUCUUGUGUUUCACAGAGACUUCAAAGAACAGAGACCAGAGGCAUCGACCGCUGUCAGCUGCAGUGAUAAUUAUCCUAAACAUGUAUUGGCAUUCCUAUCUCUUCACGUGGUUGUUUUCAUUCGCUCGCUUGAGAAUAUUUUCCAGACCUGCUAUUUUGAAAUUUGAUGUCCAGUGCAAUCUUAGGCUAAGGACGAGCAGAUGAAUAAAAAAAAACUGUGAUUAAGUGAUGUCAGUUUUAUGACUGUUCAGAUAUUUAAUCCUAUUUGGCAUGUUCCUUAUUUAUCUAAAACGUUUGGUGCGCCUUAGAAUAUUUAAAUUUUGGUUCUAUUUUUUUUUAAAGAUCAGAGACUGUAGGGCUGGCAUCUUGGAGUCUUUAAUUUUUGUUUUACCAAACUGUGAGUUAGUCAUCCAUUUGUGUAGUAGAUAGUCAUGUAUUUGUGUAGUAAUGGUUCUUAUUUCAUAAAUAUUCAAGCCAGGUUUUUUUACUUUAUUGUACAUUUUGGCUUGAAAAAAAAAAAGUUGUAUCUUGAUUAUCACGCAAGAAAGUAAGAAUUUUUCCAUAGAAAUAAAACUAAUGUUUAUAAAUUCUGGCAUAUAGGCCUCACAUUCCUUGAUCUAAAACCUUGACCUGAGCUCUCAGCCCUUGACAGUCUGAUGAUUGCAAACAGUUUUGUAUUUCACUGUUAAAUUAUGAAAUUUUGACUUUAAUUAAUGUUUACCAUGUAAGACUCUUGAUUUUGGUGUAUUUAUUUAUCUUCUCAUUUAUGAUUGAAAUGGUUAACAAAAUAAAUAAUGCGGCUGUGGGUUCAUUUUGGAAUAUUUUUACUUCUUCUAGUUAAAUUUUAAAAGCUACAGUAAUUGAUGGCUGUCCAUUGUAUUAAAAUCAUCCAGAUUAAGAUACAUUUUUGGGUUUAAGUCACCAAAUGAGUUACUACAUGAUCUUAUGAAACAUAUUUUUGUUGUUUUUUUUUUCCUUGUUGAAAGUUUAAGGAUUACUUCAGAAUCGUUCUGUGUUUUUUAACAAAUAAAAAUGUCUUGCUGAAUUUAAGUUAACAUUCAUUUGGGUGAAUAAAUUCAAACAUUGUCAUGUAGGUUUAUAGAUUCUUCCAACCCAUUAUUUCUGUAUAUGUAUCUCAUGGAAAUGCCCACUUAGUCCUGAAAAGGAAUUAUGGUGACUCUGAUGAUUUGUUAGGAGAAAAAAUUCAUUACCACCAGAAUUUUCUGCCUAUCAUUAAGCUUUCAAGACAAGAACUUUAUAUUGACUUUAUUUUUUUUUUUCUUCCCUUUCCCCUCAUUAUCUUUAAAUCAAACCGAAUCCACCCUUCCAUUCAGCUCACCUUCGUUUAAUGAAGCAUGAUAUCGGCUAAUAUUGCCAACACGCUGUGACCUUGCCAGCAGGUAUGCGCUGUGACUUUAUAUGUGACUUAACUUUUGGUUGUAAUAUUUCGGCAGCUGAUGAUGUAUGAGUAUGAUACAUUUUUUUAAAAUGGAUUGUUUCAUUUCAAAGUUGAAAGCCGCUGUUUUUAAAAAAAAAUGGUAUCUUUUUAUGUUGGUCUGAUGGUUUAUCUGGCCACUAGUUAAGAGUUGUUGGGUUCUAGAUUUGGCACUGCUAAUUGCAUCAGAGAGUUUUGAUGUUAGCCCUUUGACAUACAUUCUUUUUUACUUGAGGCAUGUAUCAGUUCUGUAACGCAGCUAGUAGCCCUCUUAGAUAGUCUGAGCUUGGCUUUAAACUGUCAGAUUGUGUCAGAAAUGAACAAAUCUGCAUCUGCUAAGUAUGUGUGGUUCUUUAAAGUGGCUUAAGAAAAAGAAAACUGUGCAAUGCAUUAUCUGGAUGUUGGUGAAGAAAUGAACUAUUUUAAUGUUUGAACUACAGGGUUUGCUGAACAUUUUUAAUUUCCCUCGGCAAGUUUCAACAUGGUACUUUGUAUAUGAUAUAUUUUUAAUUUUUAAGAAAUGUUUCAAGGAUGAAGGAUAAAAUCCAGUUAUGCCAUCGUCUUCCUCAACUUAAUACUGAUGAUAUCCAAUCAAGUCGAUAUUUCUGCAUUCACAAUCAUCACAUCACAGUUACCUGGGCGUCAUUUGAUAACAGGACAGUUAACUUUUCUAGGGUGUAGUAUUUAAGUCGUGAGAAAGAAUCCUUCGUGUAAUGCUCCAUAUUUAAAGUAACUGAAAAAUGUUGGUUUAUCAUUAAAACUUACAAGGAAACUGGGGAUCUGUACAACAUUUUUAUUUGUCAACAUUCUCUGAUUUUUGUUUUGUUUGUAGUUCUUUUGUAGUUGACAUAGUUUGUUCAUCAAGAUGGCUAUGCCUAAAUUGUAUCUAAAGGUCUAGGUGCUCACUCUAAGGAUGUGUAGAUUUGUACAGCAGUUUUGUAAAUAGUUGGGGUGUAUGUUGAGAUGAUGUGAGGUUGUGUUCAAACACAUGUAUAGAUGUUAUCUGGUUCCUGUUCAAGUGCAUGUAUAUAGAUGAUAUGUGGUGGCUGUUCAAACACAUGUAUAGAUGAUAUCUGGUGGCUGUUCAAACACAUGUAUAGAUGAUAUGUGGUGGCUGUUCAAACACAUGUAUAGAUGAUAUCUGGUGGCUGUUCAAACACAUGUAUAGAUGAUAUGUGGUGGCUGUUCAAACACAUGUUUAGAUGAUAUGUGGUGGCUGUUCAAGCACAUGUAUAGAUAAUAUGUGGUGGCUGUUCAAGUCCAUGCAUAGAUGAUAUGUGGUGGCUGUUCUAACAUAUGCAUAGAUGAAAUGUUGUGGCUGUUCAAACACAUGUAUACAUGAUAUGUGGUGGGUGUUCAAGCACAUGAUUAUAUAUGCUGUGGCCAUUCAAGCGUUUUAUGAAAUUUGAAGUUGCUUGCUCUAAUCCUGGGUAGGCCUAUACCUGCCCUGUAUGAAAUGUGUCGUUGCUGUUUGCGCUAUGAUGAGUGGGUAUACACAUGACUUGUGUGAGAGUUGUAGAUGCAGUUGGUAAAAGUCUAGCAUUGAGCAUCCCCUGUGAUAGUCAUGGCCAUUUGAUGACACAAAGAGUGCAUAAUAAUUGUAAUAUCAUUAGUGUGAUUAUUUUAUAUGAAUUUUAUUUUAUGAAUUUAUUAGAGACUAAUUUCCUUCAGGUUGUUCAAAUCAAUGCAGGUUAAUGGUAUCAGAUCAAGGGUUCUGAGCUAUUUUAUGUAUUUUGAAGCCCAGCAUUAAAUUAUGGUUUAGCCUAGACCCCUGUAUUUGUUUCUUUUUUUUUAUCCAAUGCUUUGCUUUUACUGCUCAAUGUUUUUUAAGUUAAAAAAUAUUUUGUUUAAAUAUGCUGUGCUCAUGUUUAUUAUGUACAUUGAACUAAGGGGGAUAACUGGAAUAGACUAAAUGGUAGUUGGGGAAAUUUAGAUUUAUUUAAGGGUCCUGAUAAACUUGGUCUCUGCUCCCGCUUUCCACCACCUACCCUCCUACACACACAAAGCACAAACCUGCCCGUCAGCAACGCCACUGACCGGAAGGGACAUAUUAUCACCGUGCCUUCUUUGAGAUGGCAGUACUUUGAAACAAAUGAACAGUCCCCCAUCUCUUUUAUUGUUAUUAAUAUUGAUGUAAAAAAAGCUCCAUUUAACUACAAUAUAUUUGGAUUCUCAAUGUAAUAAAUGUCUUUUACCUCAC